AUGGCAUCCGAAAGCCCAGUCUCGCGACAAAACAGCGACGCGACACCCGGAAAGGGCCCGCACGUCUUGGCCUGCGUUUUCUGCCAUCAGCGCAAGAUCAAGUGCGACCGAAAGUCCCCCUGCGCCAACUGCAUCAAGGCCGACCAGCCGUGCAUCCCCUCCACGCGGGCGCCUGCGGGAGCGGGUAGGAGACGCGUAGUUAAGGACUUGCUGGAGAGACUCAAUCAGUGCGAGUCGCUCCUGAGCCAGGUCGCGCCGCGCGAUGUGGAAGGACGCCCAUUCACGAGCGAGACGCCCCCGGCGUUCCGCGAUGUAAUGGCGUCGGCGACAGCGGCGGAUAGCCCGUCGAUGAUGUCGUACGUGAGCUACGAGGAAGCUCGCAAACAGCCGGACCAGAGACCGACGGGCAAGAUUGUUGUUGAUGAGGGACGUCGCACGUUCAUGGACAGCCCCCUACGCUCUAAUGUCGUGGAUCAUUUGCAAUUCUCUAAGCUUAGUCUCAAUGAUCAAGCCGAUGAGAGUACCGGCGCCUCAAACACCCCCUCAGUAGCGAACACUACUGAGGAUGGAAGCUUGGACAGCCGUGAGUCCAUGGACUUUGAUAUCCUGGCCCUCGGCGCGGUAGAGAUGCUUCGCCUAUGGCAGGUCUUUUUGGAACGGGUGAAUCCGAUGACUAAAGUCAUUCACGUUCCCAGUUUAGAGCCGCUCGUGUUCGAAGCUGCAACAGAUCACGGCAAUGUCGCCCCUGAUUUCGAGGCCCUGCUCUGCUCAAUUAACGUCCUAGCAAUCAUGGCUUUAUCUGAGGCCGAAUCUGAACAGAUUCUAAAUGUCCCGAAGAACGCAGCUCUAAGGAAGGCCAGCCUCGCCUUGAAAAAAGCAGUAUCGAAAGUCGACUUUCUCCGUAAAUACAACCUUACCAUAUUGCAAUGUCUAGUGUUAUACUUGGUAUCGCUCCAGGGACAGUUCGAUCGCCACGCGUCAUGGAUCCUGACAGGGAUGCUCGUCAGGAUAGCCCAGAGAAUGGGACUUCAUCGUGAUGGCGAGCUGAUCGGCCUUACACCGUUUGAGACCGAGAUGCGCAGACGGAUAUGGUGGCAAAUCAUCAUGCUCGAAACAAAAUACGCCGUUCUCGCAGGAUUCUGCGAUACGCUACUGCCGCCAAAUUGGGACACGAAGCUCCCGAGUAAUCUUAACGACGCGGACCUGCUGCCUGGUUCCUUAGAGCCUUUAAGGUCCCGAGAAGGCGCUACUGAAAUGGCAUUCUGCCUAAUGCUGUACGAAUCGCGGCAUUUCUUCUGCGAGAACCCGGUCCCGGAAUUUGAGUCAGUCGUCUUGGGCCAGGGAGAUCUCAAUGCGGAUAGGUCAAAGGCCAUCGAGGGACCACAAUCCCUGGACAAGUACCGUGUGAUAGUGGACCAGCUUGAAGAACGACUCAUCGUGGCAGAGAAACGAUAUUGUAACCCGACCAUUGGAGGAAUCCACGUCUUGGCCUGCAAGCUUCGGCCUCUCGUGGCCCAGCGGAUGCGCGAUAUGAUAGCCCACGCUCGAGAACCCUGGAAGGAGGACGCGGACAGUCUAGCUGGCCAGCAAUCAUUAUUCAGGCUCUGGGUCAUCCACUUCGAGAGUGACCUAAACUGGUACGAUACAAUCGACGACCGGUUCCGGUGGUACCCCAAACUUCACCUCCAAGCAGACGCAUUUUCUGUCAUGAUCGAGUUGUUGCAGUGGCAGCCGGUGGGAACUUUGGUCGAUAGGGCAUGGAAGGCUAUCGACAGAGUCUACUUUUACCACCCGGAGCUUUAUGAUCUCAGCAAGCGGGAGAACGUGCAGCGAGCGGAGAAUUUGCUGGCUGGAUGGCAAAGACGCGAGCUGGCGUUCCGCAACGUUGGCCAGAGCAUCGAGACACCAGUUGUGAUAGAGAGACUUCGGGGCAGUGGCAAUUUCCCAGCAAGCAAGGCGGAAUCCUUUCCGGAGUCGUUUCCAACCGCCACAGCAGACUCCACCUUGUUUCCCGGGCUUCAUACCUCUGGGUUUGAGGGGUUCGAGGGGAACGUCCUCCUCAACACGGACGCGGCCUCUUUCUUUUGGGAUGGUGCAGGGGGACAUCACGCGCAUUAG